AAAUUCCAUCCUCCUUUAAGAUCAACUGCGUUUGCGCUAUGAAUGUAGACAGCAUUUUCAAGGUCCCAGCCGCGCCGGUUGGCAAGAACAAGCGUAAAUUGCCUCCUACACCCGAUGACGCAUAUCUAAAGAAAGUACGAACAGACGAGGACGAUGACGACUUUCGUGCGGGAUGGGGACCUGGUACUGUUGGAAGUAGUAGUGGGAAUGGGGGAGGAGGCGAGUUGGAUGGGCCUGUGAGAGAUGACGACGAGGACGAAAGGUUUCAUGAAAGUGGACUUAGUGAUGAUCAGAAGAAAAUUUGGGAGAUUGUAGACGCCGGGGAGGAGGCACCAGCAACGAUCGAUUUGCCAACACUCAAGAAAAUGGUUCUGAAAUUUGAAAAAGUUAUCAACAGGAACCAAGAGCUACGUGUAAAGUAUAGCGAUAAUCCACUCAAAUUCAUCGAAUCAGAAGCAGACUUGGAUGAAGAGAUCAAAAAUAUGCUUACUGCAAGUGACGCCCCCGAACUUUAUCCCAACCUCGUUGAACUAGGGACCCACGUCAGUAUCCUUUCCUUACUCUCCCACGAAAACACAGAUAUAUCUAUUGCUGCCGUGGAACUUUUGAACGAGCUCACAGAUGAAGAGUUGGUCACAGAAGCCUCAGAGGCCGCAGAAGAGGGAAUGAAGGCACUGGUAAAAGCCCUAGUAGAAAGUGACGCGCUCGAUCUCCUUGUGCAAAAUAUUUCCCGCCUUAAUGAAGACCAAGGAGAGGAUAAACAAGGCGUUUUUAACACCAUGAGCGUAAUAGAGAACUUGAUAUCCAUCGAUCCUUCAAUAGCGGAAGUUGUUGUUGAAAAAACGUCCUUCCUAUCUUGGCUAUUGCAACGAGUCCGGGUCAAGACAUUCGACUCUAACCGACAAUAUGCAUCUGAGAUGCUGGCAAUUCUACUCCAAAACAGCCGACCGAACCGGAUAAAGUUGGGCGAGCUCGGCGGUGUGGAUACCCUUUUGCGGGUCAUAGCAGCAUAUAAGCGCAAAGAUCCUAAAGAUCCUGAUGAAGUGGAGUUGAUGGAGAAUAUCUUUGACGUGUUGUGUGCCGCGCUGAUUGAACCGGAAAUCAAAGAAAAGUUCCUUGAGGGUGAGGGACUUGAAUUGAUGAUUCUUAUGCUGAAAGAGAAGAAAAUGUCGCGGAUGCGAGCGUUAAAAGUUUUGGACCAUGCCAUGUUGGGAGCGGACGGCGCGUCGUGUUGCAAUCAUUUCGUAGACAUACUGGGUCUCAAAACACUGUUCCCAGCCUUCAUGCGGAAGGGAAUGAAGAAGUACAAGAAAGAGUACAAGUCAUUUUCGGAGGCUGAGGAGAAUGAACAUCUGGUCUCUAUCAUCUCUUCGUUAUUCAAAAAUGUGACGGAACCAGCGUCUCGUGCGCGGCUCAUGCUUAAAUUUGAGGAGGCGGACUACGAGAAGGUUGACCGAUUAGUAGAGAUGCAUAAAACCUAUGCAGGACGAGUCGCAGACGCAGAUAAGGAGAUUGAAGACAGGAAGAAAGAACUCGAAGAAGAAGAUUUGAGUGAUGAUGAGAGAGAAGCUGAAGAAGAAGAACUCUUUCUGAAACGGCUGACUGCGGGAUUGUUUACAUUACAGCUGGUGGAUUUCAUUAUGGCUUCUGUAUGCGUAGAAGACAAGGAAGGCCGGAUACGAGACAGAAUAACCUUACUGCUAGAGAAAGACGGCCAGACUCUUGAAAGCAUCAAAACAAUUCUCAAAGAAUAUGCCGAGAAUGUGGGUGAUGGAAAGGGAGACAACAGAGAGAAUGCAGAGCGAGACAGGAUAUUAGGCCUGGUAGAAGCCUUAUAGGGCUUCAGCAAUUAAUAUGAAAAGGACUAGCAGCAACGCUUCUUGUCGUGCUUCCCGAAAUGAUGGUCUCAAUCGCUGUGCUGCUGCUGCAUGGGAAAAAUGCAUUCCAAAACGCCCUGGAUCGUGCACAGGAAAAUCAUCGUUGGUAUCUCUAAAGCUAGCAAUUACACUUUUUCAUCUGUUGCAAUUGAAGGGAAAGAGGAUCAGAAUUCAUCAUGUAUCAGUCACCGA